GUUUCACGUACUAUAUAAGGCCAGAGGCCGGACCUUUGCAAUUAGAUGCAAUUGUGAAAUUGCAAGCGCCUAAUCCCCAAGAGCUUCCCAUUAGGCGGAAACGUGAAAUCGAUCCCAUUUUCCCAUUGCUAAGCCAUGUCUACCUUUGGAGCCGACGUUGAUCAGGUUUGGCCAACUGUUGCGGGCGAUUCCCGAGCGCUGACUAAGUUCGGUCGAAAGCUGCUUGGACAAUGCAAAGAUGUGAAGAAACCCGGUGGUGGACCUGCUAAUAUAGACGACUUUAUAAACAGAUCCAGAGAAUUUCCUCUUCCGUUUGGCGUAGAAAGUGUCCGGGUUAAUAGACAGCCGAAGGCACGACAUGAACGCAUUGCCAGCCACAUCUCCUCCGUCUAUCCGGUGAUACAUGAGCGCACCUUGGGACUAUAUCUGCAGUACCUAGAGCACAAGUGUCAAUGGGGAAACGAUGUAGAGCAACCUGUCUACCACCCGCUCUCCCUCUGCGGAUUCGUGCAGCGGCUGCUGGAGAAGCGUUGUGCCAGCUUCUUUGCUCGCAACGACAAAUUCUUGCUGCUCACUGGAGAGAGUGGAGCUAGCGGCUUUGAACCCAUCGGCAGUAAAGCGGAGAAAGCUCCACUUGUUUUGAAAAACGUCCUCAGCUACGAUGAUGUCAAGCUUUCUGCCUUGCUUUCGGUCAGCUCGCACACGGAGUUCAUCAACGAAGGCGAGAGGGCCAAUUGCGGUCGUGUUACCCAUGAUCGUCGGACAUUAGAGCCAGAAGGUGUCAUUAUGGGUCUCAUUGGGGCCCGGCUAUCGCGCCGCAAUCUGAUGGAGUUCCAGGACAUUGUCAUCGCGCGUACACAGAACACUGCAGAGAAUGGCUAUGGCAUGGACCUGGACGAGCCGGCCUCAACAAAAGCCGAGGACUAUCGCCGCAUCUGGCGAAACUUUUACGAGACGCAAGAUUGUCUGUACGCCGAUGUCCAAAUUGACAAUCAGCGCUUCGGCGUCUCAAGAAACAAGCAAGACAUCUUCGACAAUCUGGUGAUGAAGCGGCGCUAUGCCAUAAGCUUUGACAUGCUGCUGCUCGAGGCCCAGGCACGCGCUCAAGAGGCCGGCAAGCAGGCCUACAUUCAUGUCGUUGGCUUCGGUCUAGGCGUAUGGAAAGUGGCGACGCAGCAGGAGCGCAUCUUUCUGGAGACCUUCGAGCAGCGCCUACGCGAGCUGGGUAAGCGUCUCACCCACAUAGGUGUGGUGCACUUCUCCUGGUUCAGCCUCACCAGCUGCGGACGUCUGUUCAAUGGCGCCGUCAUCGAUACCGACGGCCAUCCGGCGGACGGCAUUCGCGUGCACAUCUCCAAACGAAAUCCAGCCGAGAAGCUCUCCAGUCCGGAGCAUGCUAAUAUGCUGUUGGUGGUCUCCUAUGCCUGGGACGGAAAUGCCCUGCCGGGAAAUGAGUUCUGGAUGAAAAUGCUGAAGUCUACGGGCGAUUCAUCCACGGCCUGUUCAACUCUUAUCACAGAGCUGCAUAAUCCGUACAUCAACACGAAGUACUGCAAUGGCAACAAUCUACACAUCGCGUCGCCGGAGCUGGGUGUCCUCCACAUAGCGGAGUAUGCCAGACAUGUUCUCAAGAAGGACCGCAACGACAGCCACGCUGAUGAUUGAUGAUGGUCUUUGAGGGAAAGAAGAAUUCCCAGAGAAUCUUCUUGAGACUGGUUGUUAUUGCUUGGUCUACGAGUAUCUCUUUUCUAUCUAAUCUUAUCUAAUCGUUGUGUAUAUUCUUUGUGGGUACUUUCUGUUGUACUAUUCCACGCAUAUGCUGUAGGUCAACUCCAUGACCUCUCUUUGACAUUCAUUCGAGCACCUCAAGAUCCUUUAAUGUUUUAUGUAUGUUUUAUAUGUGUAUAUGUAUAAAAAAUGUAUUUAAAUGCCAGAAUACAAUUCAAACUCAAAGGCUA